CACAGCCACCCCAGCCAGCCCGCUGAGCAAGGCGUAUUUCAUCUAGUCUCUCUAACUUCCUACACACUGUUUCCGCUGCUACUUACACUUCUUCCCAGUAACCGCCUUCGCUGUCUGAUCUCUUUGACCUUCUCAUAGUCGCGCGGCCCUCCCCAAGAACGAAACCACCCAGAAAGCAUAUAGCGGCACCAUGGUCAUCUUAGGCGGCCUCGAGCUGGUCGCAGCUGGGUAUCUGCUCAAGGAGAUGCACAACGACAGCAAAGAGGAACAAGAGAGAGAUCGGGAGAAACGAAGAAGACGUCGACGCCACUCUCGUGAUGACCAUCACCGCCCUCAUCACUAUGAUGACCCGAGCCCGAACCGUCCAUCUCGCCCACCCCAGCAACAGCAGCUCCGUCCGCCUCAGCAGCCUGGCGGCCCGCCGCGACCAUACAGCGCACCACCUCCGCAGAAUCGACCGCCGAUGAUGCCGGUGGCAGUCGCAGCUGCGCCCAUGUGGCACCCACAACCGCAACAGGGACCGCCGCCUCAACAAGGUCCCCCACAGAGUUAUGGGACAUGGCCGCAGGGACCCCCAUCGCAACACCAGCGACCUUCUCAGCCUCAGCCUCCGUGGCAAGGCAGCCCCCCUCCUUCGAACAAUGCAAACAACAACUUCGUCCCUCCACCCCUCCAGCGUCCCGCGACCAUGUACCCGCCACCAGGGGUACACAUCGACAUGAAAACGGGCAAAGUUCAGCAUGAUAUGUAUCCGCCGGAGAUGCCUCGCGACCAGAAGAAGCCCGGAGAAGCAAGAGAAUACUACGAAGGCGGUCGUAAGGAAUACGACCGGGUGCGCGAGAACUCGAUGCCCACGCAGCAACGGCCGCAAUACCAGCAACCUAAUGGAGGAGACAUUGGCAUUCACCACAGCUACUCGCAACCUCAAAUCAAUGUCACGCCGGCACACAACCCUACACCACCACCGCCACAAGGGUACGCAGAACUCGAUGCGGAGACUCCGGGCAGGUACCGCCCGUACGGCAAUGAAAAGCCUGGCGGCAGAGGAAAGUCGAGCUCCUUCUCCAGCCGGUAUAGGGAUGAUGAUAUGAAUAUGCGGGAUCCGCCUCCUGCGUACCGCGAGUGAAGCAGGAAAGGGGAUUAAUGAGAUCGACGGUCGAUGGAGGAAUUGAGAGAUGAUAUUGCAAAAUGCUUGACGAAAAUGAUUCCAACAACUAUGACCACUUACGGAAUAUUGGGGAAACGUGCCUGGAAAGAACAACAGAAUUUGGUUAGCAGGACGGUAAUCAUGGAAAUGAAUAUGUGCCUCAAUAGCUGGUCUAACGAGCGAAUACAACAUGUCUGUUUGACAUCCUCGUGGCUCUCGAUCUCGAGAAUGUGACAUUUGGUAUCCGGCAUGGUGAUCUUCGCUGUUGUAAGAUAUUGAUGUAUGAGGUUUGCCGAAAGACCUGCGUGCCCAUUCAACGUAGGCAACCACUUGUUUGUUCGGAAUGCG